AUGUCGUCCGCGCCGGCGCCAGGCGGGGCGUUCGACCGCUACGUCCAGCGCGGCGGCGCGGUGGCGGUGCCGGCCUCAAGCGGCAACACGGUUUUCAAGAGUGGACAUCUCUUCAUAUCAUCCAAAGGACUUGGAUGGAAAUCAUGGAAAAAACGCUGGUUCAUUCUCACACGAACAUCAUUAGUUUUCUUCAAGAGUAAUCCUGUUCCUUUUGUGAUGUUGCAGAAUACCUUGCCCCAGAGAAGUGGUGAAGUGAGUGCUACUCUGGGUGGGAUUGAUUUAAACAAUUCUGGCAGUGUGGUAGUCAGAGAAGACAAAAAAUUGUUGACUGUCCUUUUCCCACAUGGUCGUGAUGGUCGUGCCUUCACCCUUAAGGCAGAAACUUCUGAAGAUUUAUUUGAGUGGAAAGCAGCAUUAGAAGAAGCUCUUGCACAGGCUCCAAAUGCAGCUCUUGUGAUGGGGCACAAUGGGAUAUUUCGCAAUGACACUUGUGAUGCAUAUGAAACAACGGCUCCAAAUUGGCGAGAGAAAAGGCCAGUCAAGUCACUAGUUGUUGGCAGGCCAAUUCUGCUUGCGCUCGAAGAUAUCGAUGGCAGCCCUUCUUUUCUAGAAAAAGCCAUGCGUUAUCUUGAGAAACAUGGGAUAAGGGUGGAAGGAAUUUUGCGCCAGGCUGCUGAUGUGGAGGAGGUUGAUAGGAGGCUACGUGAAUAUGAACAAGGAAGAACCGAGUUUGCACCAGGCGAGGAUGCACAUAUUGUUGGUGACUGUGUGAAGCAUGUUCUUCGUGAGCUACCAUCUUCGCCAGUACCUUCUUCUUGUUGUACAGCUUUAUUGGAAGCUUUUCGCUUGGAGACUAAGGAAGCUCGGAUAAAUGCUAUGCGUUCAGCUAUAUCUGAGACAUUUCCUGAGCCUAAUCGGCGCUUGUUACAGAGAAUCUUGAAAAUGAUGUACAUUGUUGCUUCUCAUACCAUGGAGAAUCGGAUGACCGCAUCAGCAGUUGCUGCCUGUAUGGCCCCUCUCUUGCUGCGUCCGCUUUUGGCUGGGGAGUGUGAGAUGGAUGAAGUAUUUGAUGUGGAUGGUGAUGAUUCUGCCCAGCUUCUUGCUGCUGCAAAUGCUGCAAACAGCGCUCGGGGCAUUGUUGCAACUCUCUUGGAGGAAUAUGAGAUUAUAUUUGAUGAUGACCGUCUUGUCAGAUCUUCCCUAUCACCUGGGUCUCAGAUUGAAGACAGUGGCAGUGAAGCAUCAACUGAUAAUGUAAAUAUGGACACAAAAGAUAAUGGAUUUCAUGAUGCAGAAAAUGAUGUAGAUCAAGAAAUGGACGAUGACAAUGGUGCAGAGCGUAUACUUAGUGGAAAAUUGAGUGAGAGCAGUGGAUAUGCUGGGAGCGACCUAUAUGAUUACAAGGUUCAUGCUGAUGAUUCAGACGCUGAUUGCUUUGUUGAUGAUAAAGGAUUGGAAGAAGAGACAGAUUUAAGCAAAGUUCCAAAAAUUCAUUCAUCUGAAAAUGGUUCAAAAAAUAUGGAAAUGCCUCCGAGUGAAAAGAAUCCUUCCAACCCAACAUCCGGUCAUGAAACUCCAUUGUCUAUGGGAGAGAUUCUUUCUUCUUUGGAUCCUGGAAUUACUUUACCUAGUAACAGUUCGGAAUAUUCUGCAGACAGACACUCGAACAAAACUAAUGGAUCUCACUCACAUGUGAAGCGCAGUAACUUUUGGGGGCGUAAUAGUGCAAGAAAGAGUCAGCAUUCAGAAUCAGUCGACUCAUCUGGUGAAGAACAGCUUGCGAUUCAAAGGCUUGAAAUUGCGAAGAAUGAUUUGCAGAACAGAAUUGCCAAAGAGGCUCGGGGUAAUGCAGUUUUACAUGCGAGUUUAGAAAGAAGAAAGCAAGCACUACAUGAACGCCGUUUGGCCCUGGAACAGGAUGUGUCCAGGUUGCAAGAGCAGCUACAAGCUGAGAGAGAUCUUAGAUCUGCACUGGAGGUUGGGUUGAGCAUGUCUUCUGGACAGUUUUCAAGUCCACGUGCUAUGGACUCAAAGACAAGGGCUGAGCUUGAGGAGAUUGCUCUCGCUGAAACUGACGUUGCGAGGUUAAAACAGAAGGUGGCUGAACUUCACCUCCUACUCAAUCAACAACGCCAACAACAAUAUGGCCCAUCUCUUGAUGCAAAUGAUCGUUAUCACUGUAAUCCUGGCCAUUUUUCACAGCAAAACUUUGUUCAACCAGGAUUUGACAUGAACCUUGCCUUUUGCAAUCAAGAGAAGCACAGAAAUGAGGAGAGCUCGGUGGAUGCAUCUCAAUGGAGGAACAUCAAACAGCAUGUGCUACCUUUUGGUUCUUCAAGGCCACUAACCCGCAAGCUUUCCUUAGACGCAUCUUCAAGUGAUUCACGAGGCAUGGAGGCAUCAACAAGCAUGUCAUCAGAGAACACUUCUGUGGUAAUCAAUGUUCCCAAAUUAGCUGAGGGUGUUGGAUAUGGGAGGCAGCCAAUGGUGGCAUCCUCCACUUUGGUAGAACUAACAACUAGGCUAGAUUUCUUUAAAGAACGGAGGUCGCAGCUGAUGGAACAACUCCAUAGUCUUGAUUUAGGGCAUGGAUCUGCUUCUCAGGGUUUUCAGUACAAGCCGCCUUCUCCUUGGAACAGUCCAAGGUAG